AUGGCGGGGUCUCAGGCCAGAGGGCGUGCCCUAUUCAGCCCUGGCGCAAGAUGGCGCUGCCUUUUGCACGUUCGCUGUGCUUGUGCCGCCGGGGAGCCAAACGACUAGGGGUUGCCGUCGCGGAAGCCCGCAGAGGCAUCAGUUUCAAACUGGAAGAAAAAACCGCCCACAGCAGCCUGGCACUCUUCAAAGGUGACACAGGUGUCAAGUACGGCAUAGUAGGAUUGGAGCCCACCAAGUUGGCCCUGAACGUGGAGCGUUUCCGGGAAUGGGCCGUAGUGCUGGCAGACACAGCGGUCACCAGUGGCAGGCACUACUGGGAAGUGACAGUGAAGCGCUCCCAGCAAUUCCGGAUAGGAGUGGCCGAUGUGGAUAUGUCCCGGGAUAGUUGCAUCGGUGUUGACGAUCGUUCCUGGGUGUUCACGUAUGCCCAGCGCAAGUGGCACACCAUGUUGGCCAACGAAAAAGCCCCUAUUGAGGGCAUGGGGCAGCCAGAGAAGGUGGGGCUGCUGCUGGAGUAUGAGGCGCAAAAGCUGAGUCUGGUGGAUGUGAGCAGAGUCGCUGUGGUCCACACGCUACAGACAGAUUUCCAAGGUCCAGUGGUACCUGCCUUUGCCCUUUGGGAUGGAGAGCUGCUGACCCACUCGGGGCUUGAAGUGCCUAAAGGCCUCUAGCAUGUCCUUCACUGGAGUCCUUAAUCAUGCUCUUUCUUGGGUAGCCUCCUGGUGAAACUGCCUGAAACCUUUUAAUUUUGCCGCCAAGCAACCUCUAACUCUGGCAAUUCAGUCCUCUAUGUAAUGUCUCAGUCUUUUUCCUCUACCCUACCCUGUGAAGACUGGGCAUACAGCCACCCUCUCCCCUCCCCCAAUCUACCACCAGUUUCCUAGGCUACCCUGAGUAUCCUUAACCUGACUGGCUUCCUUCAGUCCCUCUUCCUCCCUGUGCCCAGACCUUCUCAGACUGCAUUCAGUUCUGGGGUCUUAUCUUUCAACUGAAUUUAUUCAUCACUGUGAUACCUCCGCCUCCCUUUGCUCCCAUGUAAUGUCCUCUUCUUCCCCUUUCCCCCUUGGGGCUCUACAGGAUCUCUCCAGAGUAAAUCCUUUCUACCUCUGGCUGGAGGAGUGGUACAGUCAAUGUCCUGGACCUUUCCCUGUCGCACAUACAGAGUCUUGGCUCUGGUUCCCUCAGGAAGUGCUUUUCUGUGUCCAAAUGAAACAGAGCCCUCCUUCCCCAGUACCUCAGUGCCAGACUUUCAGCCCCACACAGCUGCAGCUAUCACCACCUAGAGUCCAUCUGCCUUGAUCUGCACAUCCCUGACAUCUGGUCAAUCUGUUAUAAUCAUUGGGCCAGUUACAACCAUGAUAAAA